AUGCGGACUUCCGUGCAACCCACCAGCGUCCUGCUGGCCCUUAUGGCCAUGCCCCUCGCAUCUGCAGAAAAGGUUCUUGGAGCUUAUAUCUUCGCUCGUCAUGGUGAUCGGACCCCCAAGGUGCUGGGCAACACUCAACUCACCGACCUGGGAUACAAGGAAGUAUUCCUCACUGGUAGCUACUACCAUGACCGCUACAUCAACUCCAACUCCUCGCACUACAUUCAGGGGAUCAGCGAGGAGAUUGUCAAUCUCGACCAGAUCAGUGCUUCAGCGCCCUCGGACAAUGUGCUUCAGAAUUCGGCUACGGGUUUCCUGCAGGGCGUCUAUCCCCCGUCGGAACCAUGGCCAGCGCCCUUGAACGGCUACCAGUUGAUCCCUCUGGAACUCAUCGAGACCGGUACCAACAGCGAGAGCAACACUUGGUUACAGGAUGCGACCCAGUGCCAAAACGCCGAGGUGAGCAGCAACAACUAUUACAGCUCAGCGCUGUACAAGGAUCUGCUCGCCUCCACGAGCGACUUCUACAAGUCGCUUUCGCCGUAUCUGAACGACACGUUCACCGACGCCAAGAUGAGCUUCAAGUCCGCCUACACCAUCUGGGACUUCCUCAACGUCGCCUCGAUCCACAACUCGAGCAGCGACUAUCCCUCCGCGGAGAUCCGCGAGAAACUGUUCCUGCUCGCCAACGUCGAGCAGUACAACCUGGCCUACAACGCCUCCGAGCCUAUCCGCGCUGUCGCAGGCUCCACCCUCGCCGGCGAGAUGCUCCAGGGUCUCAACGAGACCAUCACCUCUAAGGGCAAGAGCAAGCUGAACAUCCAGUUCGGCUCGUACGGCACCUUCCUUUCGUACUUUGGCCUGGCGCAGCUGCCCGCCGCAACGGUCAACUUCACCGGCAUCCCGGACUACGCCUCCUCCAUGGCCUGGGAGCUCGUCACCAACUCCACCUCGGACGAGUUCCCCUCCGCCUCCGAGAUCAGCGUCCGCUUCAUCUUCCACAACGGCACCAUCAGCAGCUCGUCCGCCCCGGCCGAAUACCCCUUGCACGGCCAGUCGAGCGCCACCAUCCCCUGGUCCGACUUUGUGGCGCAGACCGAGAAGAUCGCCAUCACGAACGACGAGCAGUGGUGCAAGGCGUGCGGAAACACGGACGGCGCGUGCGCUGCUUACACUGUCUCCUCUACUGGAUCCGACUCUUCCACUGCGGGCUCGAAGUCCUCCGAGGGUGGGCUGUCGCGACCUGUCGCUGGUGUUAUCGGUGCCAUGGUCACUCUGGCAGUGAUCUUGGGUCUGGAAGCGGUCUUCCUGCUUUUCGGUGGUUUCAGAAUCACCAAGAAGCGGAAUGCUGUGUCUGAAGUUGAGACCACAACUGUUGAGGGGGCUAAGAAGAUCUGA